UCAAAGCACUUUUACAAAGAUAACCAGUCAAAAUAGUAUAUUCAGCAUAUGCUCAGAAUACAUCAUAUUCAACAUAUAUUCUGUCCAACAGUUCUUAUUGUUAUUAAAGCAGACACAUAGGAUGGCUGAAGGUGUGAGGCGAAGGAGAAAGCUGAAGCCCGUGGAGGAGGCCAUACAGUUUUCACUUGAACAGAAAGACAAGAAUGGACUCGAGGGCAGGUUCAUCAGUCAUCUUAAAGGGAGGGGUGUGUUCAGCUGUACUGACUUUGAGAAAGGAGAUUUCCUGCUGGAAUACAGAGGAGACCUCAUCAGCAAAGAAGAAUGUGAGCGGAGGCAAAGAAUAUAUCACCAUGCACUUAAAGUUUUCAUGUUUGAGUUUCGCUACAAUGGAAAACUCCUCUGUGUCGAUGCAGCCCGAGAUGACGGUUCUCUUGGGCGGCUUGUAAACGAUGACCAUAUUAACCCAAACAGCAGGAUGAAGACGAUUCGUGUGGAUGGAAAACCUCACUUAUGUUUAUUUGCCACAAGGAGCAUCUGUCCUGGUGAAGAGAUCACAUAUGAUUAUGGUGAUUCUGAGUGGCCAUGGAGAUGCACGACUCUUAGUGUGGUUGAACCGUCCACUCUUGAAGUCAACACUCUGUCCCAGUCAGAAGACACAGACGUAGAGAAGCUGAAAGUUGUCAGUGAUCAGUCAGUGUUGGACUCCAGUAUCUGUGCAGCCUCUGAAGGACUGGAAAAGGUGACUCUGAAGAAGGACCAGUUACUAUUGGAUGAUCAGGACUGUGUUGAGAAGAUGUCACCUGUCAAAGAGCAUGUGUUGAAUGAGGAGCAGAGCUUUUGUGCCCCAGUUGAAGGAGUUAAGGAGGUCUGCAGACAUGUUGUGGUCACUUCAGCAAUAUCAAGCAUGGAUAAAUGUGCUGAAUGUGUGGGACCUGUUGCAGCUCUCAAGUGGAUUGGCCUGAGAUGUAAAUUGUGCUCCAGUUUUUGGCAUAAGUCCUGCUAUCUGAAGCUUCAUGAAUGGGAUGGAAGACGGUCAUCGUGUGAAGUAAGUUCAGAGGAAGAUGAGCUGUCAGAUGAGGAUUACAUACCUCAGUCAGAGUCAGACCAUCAGUCAGACAGUUCAGAUGAGUUGACAACAAGACCAGCACGUUACGACCAAGCUAAACUCUUAGAUAUACAGGAAGCUGCAUCAUCUAAGUUUAGUGAACAUCUGAGAUCAGAUGUAACUACCCUGAAUGUGUCUAAGGGCAAUGGAAAAGGAGUCCUGAAGGUCAUGGAAGCAGCAAGUGUGUAUGAUGAGUCUGAUUUAAUGUGUCAUGAGGAGCAGUUUACUGAUUUUGAGACAGACAGUGAAUCAGACUUUCCCAGAAAGCAAGACUCAGUGCAAAUAGGAAGAAUUAUUGUGGGAAACCUCAGUCCAAGUUAG